AUGAAGAUUGAUAAAAAGGCAUCUGAUCGACUACUUAAUCUUUUAUACACCACCACGCUGAAGGAGGUGGCAACAAAGGUACCGAUCGUAACGAAAGUUUUAUAUCAACAAGACGACGUGCCCCAAAAGUCAGUUUUAGACUCUUUAGCAGAAAACGAAUGGAAACAAAAACCAAUCGAACAAGCAGUUGCGGAUCUUCCUCAAGGUACUUUGACAAAGAAUCGCUCAAAUAUACUCAAGUUUACGUGUCCCAACUCAUUAAUAUCCCAGUAUGAUUUCUACAAUCUUUUUCCCAUCAACAGAGAACGACGCUAUAAUCUCGUGGGAGACUUGCGUCGUAAUGGACUUCCGUUCAGUGCUAUAAAAGGACGAAAUCCCCUAAGUUUACUUCACAGCGGGUCAUAUUACUUGCUUUUUGAGUCCCAUAAACAUGCGUGUGUGUAUUGGAUGGAGACGAGAGAUAAGGUAGUGAAUGGUUUCGAUAUGAAACUUGAAUUUGUUUUACCCAAAGAGUCCGAGCUCAAGUACAUGCUGUCGCCAUUUUUAGACUCAAACAUCAAUAAUGUCUUGAAAAACAAACCCAUAAUGUAUGAGCUGGUACCCAAGACUCCAGUCAAUAUGAUAUUCCUGUCAUCAAAAGAGAAGCAGAAGCUUUUAGCUGAAAUCAAGGAGACGUCUUCCACGAUAGUUCGAGAUUCCGAAAGCUACAAAUUGCUGGACUUGGACCCUACUCACAAACCUCUAUUUAAAUUCCUCGACCCUAAGACAAGACAUAGCUCAGUUCUUGUUCGAAACCUUCCAAUGGACCUUUCUCCGCAUGCACUUCCAAAAUUACUUUGGGACUACGACUUGGCUAAACCUUCCAGCAUCAAUGAUUGUUUCACCACCAUUCGACUCGACCCAGUCAACCAAAUUCAUUUAACACUCAUCAGAUUUGCAGACCAUCAGAACGCCCGUCGGUUUGUUCGUAAUUACCAUGGCAAAAGAUGGCGCCUGGUUCUGGCUUCCCACCACAAACUGUUCCAUAGUCCUAUACUAUGCGAAGUUAUACUGUAA